GAUCAAACUGAAAUAUGCUAUUUACAUUUACUUGAUCAAACUGAAAUAUGCUAUUUACAUUUACUUGAUCAAACUGAAAUAUGCUAUUUACAUUUACUUGAUCAAACUGAAAUAUGCUAUUUACAUUUACUUGAUCAAACUGAAAUAUGCUAUUUACAUUUACUUGAUCAAACUGAAAUAUGCUAUUUACAUUUACUUGAUCAAACUGAAAUAUGCUAUUUACAUUUACUUGAUCAAACUGAUAUAUGCUAA